AUGGCGUCUCUUAACUUCAUGACCAUUGUGCUGUGGCUGGCUUUAUAUGUACGAGCAAACCCGUCAUUCAACUGCACCUUUGAAGACGGUAUGUGCGGAUGGACGCAAUCAACUGAUGACGAUUCAUAUUGGAGGCUUGAUUCAGGAGGGACAGCAUCGUCCAAUACAGGACCUUUGAUUGACAAAACAAAAGGCAACUCGACUGGUAAUUACUGUUACUAUGAAGCAUCAGGUGGGGAUGAGAAUGACACAGCUCUCCUCGUCAGUCCCGUCGUUCACACCACUGGUUUACACUUCUGCUUCAACUUCUGGUACAACAUGUAUGGAGAUACAAUGGGUACUCUGAAUGUGUUCCGGAUUCCGAGUCACGGAAGCAUCAACGAGGGCGACAUUAUCCUCACCAGAACUGGACAACAAACGAACGGAUCAACGUGGCUUUCUGAAGAGAUCUGUUUACCAAAUAUUAUUUCAAGCUUUCACAUAGCCUUCCAGGCAGUGCGUGGAAGUGAAUUCAGGUCUGACAUUGCAAUCGAUGAUUUGAGUGCGACAGUUUUCACGGCGCAACCAUUAUUGCUCUGGGACUCGGCUGGAACCUUCCCAACUGCCGGCGGAACAACUAAUACUGUUGAUGGAGCAGACCAUUCUUUCCACUGUGUAACACGAGAUGUGAAGCACGAGACAGUUUUCAGUUGGAAAGUUAAUUAUCAGGAGACAGCACCUGACAGCAGCAGCACACAAGAAGAGCAAGGAGUUAUCACAAGCACCAGCGUACUUUCGCUACCUGGGACGAGCAUCAAGCACGGCGACUUAGUGCAGUGCUGGGCCUUCACGGAAUAUCAUUUUGCUCGAAGCAUCAGCGUUACGAUUCACGUUAAAGUUCCUCCAAAGGAAUCCAGUUUAUCCCUUUAUGACUCCGGUGGGAACGUGACUAGUCGAAGAGCAAGCGUCAUGGAGGGGGCGCGCCACUCUUUGUUGUGCACGGUUCGACAGACAAGACCAGCUGCUACUAUAAAAUGGUUCCUGAAUGACGCUCUGCAAAGAACUGUUGACCCUCCUUCUGGAGAAAGCGAAGGUUUGGUAGACACCACGAGCAGCUGGACGGUCGUCCCUAGCAGAGCCAAUCACGGGCAGAGGGUGAAGUGUGUCGCGAGAACGGCGGAGUCUCAGCGCCCUUUACCAUUUGCGAUUGUCACACUGGAUGUUAGAGGUCCUCCGGACACUCCAGCUGUAACAGGCAACUCAACGAUGACUGCAAAUGAGACCGUCCAACUAACUUGCCGAGCCAGCCACGGAUAUCCUGCAGACUGGCAGCUGGUUUGGACUAAUGGCGGCCUACCUCUUGCUGGUACUCAUACCACCGCCGUGUCAACAUUGGGCAACCGUUACAGGUUCAGCAGCACGUUAAACUUCACGCCAACCAGAGAAGAUAAUCGGAAGAUGAUCACAUGCUCUGCCAGAAGAGGAUCCUGGACUCAAGACAUGACAGGAUCGUUGGGUCCAAUCGACGUCCAAUACUGGCCAGAAUUUUCCGAGCCAUCUGUAACUCCAUCUAAUCAUGUUGAGGAGGGAGAUGACAUCAUUUUAUCAUGUAGUGCGGACGCCAAUCCCAAGCCGGCUGACUUCAUCACGUGGGAAAAGGUUGAGUCCCCUGGCUCCCUACCUUCCGUCUACAGCAAUGGAACAAGCACACUGUUGCUAAGCAAGAUCAACAGGGAGCAGGCUGGGACGUACAGGUGCCGCGGAGACAACGGUGUACCACCGGUGGUGUAUUCCAGCCCGAUCGUUGUCAUCGUGCGUUCACCUGUUACUCCAUCAGUCGUCGAUAUACUGACAAGCUGGCCUUUUCUUACUGUCGUCAGUGUGCUGGGAAUACUGUUGCUCAUCAGUAUCACGAUACAGGCGGUCGGCUGCUUCUACCGUAAACGAAAGAGGCCAAGCCAAAAGAAGGAAUACCAGCCCCCAUCGUGUUUUCUUGCCUGCAGUGGAGCUAGGACCGGAGGUCCAGUCCGGGUCAUUGCAGAUACGGAAUGCUACGAAAAUAUGGGGAUCCCUAUGCAAACCAUUCGCGCAGUCGAAAGUGAUCCGGUUGAGUCAACCUAUGCUGACAUCCCGGACUGCCGCGCAGCAAUCUCGCGAGACCAGCUGACCUUCCUACAAGAACUCACCCAGGGCACCUUCGGGAAAGUGCUACUUGCAAGAGCCGUGGGCAUCGAGCAGCGAGGCCUUGUCACCCACGUGGUUGUCAAAACUGUAAAAGAUGGAAGCGACCCGAAGGAGAAAGAAAACCUGAUUCGAGAGUUGAAUUCGAUGAAACCUCUCAGUGGUCACGCGAAUAUCGUUAAGCUCCUUGGAUACUGCAUCAACGAAGACCCGAUCUAUGUCAUCGUGGAACACGUGGCGAAUGGCAACCUGAAGGAGAUUCUUACUGAUAGCCGAUCUGAACGGGUGUAUGACAACCUGCGAGGGGCUGUGUGCGCAUCCCUCUCACCCCGGACUUUGCUGAGUCUGGCCAGGGGCGUGGCCGAAGGCAUGGCUUACUUGGCUUCACAAGGGUGUCUUCAUCAAGACCUUGCUGCCCGUAAUGUUCUUGUUGGGGAGGAUAUGGUGAGCAAGAUAUCCAAUUUUGGAUUCGCCAGUGACGUCGCCGAAAUGAGAACAUACAAACGCAAAAGCACGGGAUUUUCCCCUCUGCGAUGGAUGGCGUUGGAGUCCGUUCUUGAUGACGUGUACACAAUAGAGAGUGACGUGUGGUCUUUUGGGGUUCUGCUGUGGGAAAUUGUUACUCUCGGUGGCCACCCCUACCCAACCCUGAGUGCCAAGAAAGUGGUUUCCAAAGUGAAGACAGGGUACCGGAUGCCCCGUCCCGACCACUGUCGAUUGCAAUUGUACCAGGUGAUGCGUGCUUGCUGGACUAAGAACCCGGCAGCACGACCGACAUUUGCAACAAUCACCGAGAAACUUGGAGGACUGUUGGGCAAAGCUAACGAAUGCAUAUUGUUGGAAAGCUGCCAGGAGAGCAUCUACAAAAUGUCGGUCACAGGUGGAUCAGACUUUGAAAAGAUCUAAGCGAGGAGUCAUUGGAGUGAAUGAAUGAGCACAGUCGUGGCUAUUUUUUCAUAAAAUGAAUAAGCCCUCAUUAGAAAAUGUGCACUUCGUUUAGCCUUUACAAUU